GCCUGUUGUCAGUUUCCACAAAAUGGCUGCGUGAGCGCCGUCAGCGAAGACCCGCCGAACGCUUCGCCGCAACGAUUGCUGCAGCUGCAAAUGAGACUUUUUGCUUCGUUUUCAUGGAGGUCCCGCGCAGACUUCCCUCUCCGAGCUUUGGACGGCUGAAGAUGUUAAUUUCUCGGAUUUAAAUCGCGGUGGUGUGUGUCGUGUCGGAGGCUCGCACGUCAGCGGGAGCGCCGUGUGUCUCAGUCGGUGCGCGAGCCGGACUAACGCGUCGCUUUGCACUUUAAAACUGAGGCGCUCUGUGUGUGUGUGUCUCCCCUGUGAGCGCAACAGUUUAGAAAAAAAACAAAACAAAACUAAACAAACAAACUGCCUGUGCGCAUUCUGUACUCAACCGGCUGCUGCUGCUCAUCUAGCUCGCUGUGUAGGCUAGUAGUAAUUUUCGGCAAUGACGACGUGCGUCCCUUACUACGCGGCUAGUUAACCUAGCUGGUUAACAAACAGAUUGAGGGUGUUUUUUUGGGGGCGGGGGCGUCGGUGUCCUGCGUCGGUGACCCUCAGGUUUCCCGGAGGAUCCUCCACGACAUCACUGCUGCUGCAGCGCUCCGCACUCCGUGUGUCAGAGACGGUACCGCGCUGACAGGAUGCGCCGCUGAGUGACUGCUCAUCACCGAACGUGUUGUUGUUGUUUUUUUCAACUGAUCACAUAUUCGUGCGUCGUCGACUGCAAAAAAAGCGGAGAAAAGCCUGUUUUUUUUUUUUUCCCUCCCCCCCCCUCGCCGCAUUCAUGCAAAACUGCUGUGAGCCAAAGCCCAGCAGCGUGUGAUUAUUAAGUCAAGAGGAGCAAGCAGCACAAGUAGAGAACCAUUUGAUGGAAGAAAAGAAAAAGAAAAAGCAAGACGAAAAGAAAAAGAAGGACGCUGCUCAGAAAAAGGCUGCUGAACAGAAAACCAAAGUGCCAGAAUCUGCCAAGCCCAGCCCUCCCCACCCUGCUGACCCCAGCGUGACUCCGUCCGUGCCAACAGUUAACAAUGGCAAUGGCAAGCGCGCUCCCCCCAGUGUCCAGCCGCAGCAGCAGCCGGCCGGCCAGCGCUACCCUCCCCGCGAGGUGCCCCCUCGUUUCCGCCAGCACGAGCACAAGCAGCUACUGAAGAGGGGCCAGCCACUUCCCACAGGGACCCUGUCUCUUUCCUCAGGGGCACAUUCCCCACCUGGCCUCCUACAGACCUCCUUGAGCAAGUGGCAACCAGAGUUACCCCAUCAAAGUAGCUCAGGAGCCCAGUAUGAGAAUCCCCACUGGGGACUCCCGAAUACCAGUCGGAGUGAUGCCAGCAGCACCAGCUGGGAUCAAGUGAUCAUUGACGAAAACGACACGGAGGCGUGGCCUUCCAUUUCACGCAGUGACAGCCACGUAGUCUCAGAAUGCAUUGCAGACACUGACGGCUCUGCCGAAGUCAGCAGUAGCAGCGUGAGAAUGGCCACAGGGGCCGGCCAGCAGGGCCACUUCCCGGCUCACCACUCCAGCAGCAAAACCAGCGCCAACCACUCGGGAAAUAUGGCUUCCAGCCAGGGUGGAGCCAGCCGGGGCUGGAGCUCUGGGUCUCCCCACAUUCCCUCUGCCACUGGGGAUGGCAAAACAGACGGCUUACAAGUGGGAGGCCGGGGCCAGCCCUGCUGGGGCUCCUCCAACUUUAACUUGAACCUGAAUCCUAACGCCAACCCUGCUGCCUGGCCUGUGCUUGGACAUGAAGGGGCUGGCAUGGGGGCCAGCGGUUCGGGGGGUAAUAACCCUCCUUCCCCCAACCUCUGUGGCCCAGCAGAUGCCGCGCCAGCUCAGGGUAGCAGUGGGAACGGCAAUAUGGGCAUCGCCAAUGGCAACCUUGCAGGGGGCAGCAGUAACGGCAGCACGUGGGUGGGCAUGCCGUCUCCCGAUGCCUCAGAUCCGCACCCCUCCCCGUCCACGAAUGUGUCUUUCAGCAUUGAACCUCAGAACCUUAACACUGAUGGACCAAAUCACACUAAACGGGAGCCUCUGAGCCCCAUCCAUAGCCUGCCCAGCUGGGGAGGGAUGUCUGUGGGGAUGGGCUCCCUCGCCCAGUCUCCUCAAGGAGCCUCACAGGUCAAUGGGGAAGGGGGUUCUGUUUGGGGAAACGGGGAAGCCAAGUUGUCCAGCUGUAAAGAUUCCUCCUGGGAUUCAGUGCAGGCCAAUGCCUCAGGUCUCCUCACUGCCUGGGGUCGUGGAGGGAAUGGGAAUGGGAGCGGGGCUGCCGGAGCCUGGGGGCAAUCCACAGACUGGGCCAAACAUUCUGGUGAGGCCAAAGGAUGGGAGUCUGCAGGCAGCCCUCCCCAGGACCAGCUCAACUCCUGGACACGGGCCACCAAUGCCCCAGCCAGUGAGGGUAGCAGUGACAGCCUGGAUGGGCGUUCACGCCGGAGGGAAAGGUCCUCUAGCAUGGAAGUUGCACCCCCAUUGCCACGCCAGGACCUUGACCCCCGUGUGCUGUGCAACACAGGCUGGGGCCAGACCCCAGUCCGCCAACAUACCGUUUGGGAGAUGGAGGAGGCGUCUCGCACUGAACACAAGAGUGACAUGGGGACAGAGGCCUGGUGCUCAUCCUCCAGCACCACCUCAGCUGUGCCCCCAGUGACUCUCGAAGGUAUUAACCAGACCACCAGCACCUCUCAGAGGCCUGACUCGGGUGGGAAGAGCGAGGGGUCAGGAACGGGUACUGCAGCUGUUUCUGGCUGGGGUGUGUCUGCCCCACCCACCACCCAGCCUACAUCUGGAUGGGGAGAGCAACCUGUCAGCAAAAAGGCCUCUAAUGGCUCUGGUGGUUGGGGUGAAGCUAGUACUGGAGGUCCCAAUGGCAACAGCGCCAAAAAUGGACAAACCUGGGCUUCCGAGGAUAAGUCCCCUGGCUGGGAUGACCCACCUAUCAAGGCUAAAGCGCACAGCUGGGGCGAGGUCCCUAAAUCCUCCCAGGGCUGGAGUAAUGGAGGUGGAGGGGGCAGCAACACUGCAGGAGACUGGGGAGAGCCUAGUGACGAGAAAAAGAAUGGCACAAGCACGUCCUGGGAAGGGGAUGGCCCCGGUUGGAAGGAGACCCCCCGUGGCUGGGGAAAGCCAGCGCCAGGUGUUGGAGGCUGGGGUGAACCACAGCGUCCUACUGUGCCCCCAGCUGGCUGGGGUGGGAAGCCCCAGGAAGGCACCAAUGGCACCAGCACCAUGGGCUCGUGGGGGGGUCCAAACUCGGUGAAACAGAGUGGCUCCAGUUGGGGGGGUCUUGUGGCUGGACCAGGCGGGAAGCAGGAGCCAACUGGGGAGCCUACCGGCUGGGAAGAGCCCUCGCCACCAUCUGUCCGCCGCAAAAUGGAGAUUGACGACGGUACCUCAACUUGGGGAGACCCGAGCGCCUACAACAAGACUGUCAACAUGUGGGACAGGAACAACCCUGUGAUCCAGAGUAACUCGGCUGCUGGUGGUGGCGGCGGCAGCGGGGGCCACCCCUCAGCUCCUAGCAACACCAACCACCAGCACCACCAUCACCCACACCACCACCAGCCCAGUAUCCCGAGCCAUGCCCACAGUGCCCCCAGCAACGGUGGUAACAACAACGGCUCGCCCAAAGCAGCACCUCACCAGCCCGGAGCACCCCAGAACCGACCCCCGCUUGUGGCACAAGGCUGGGGAGAGCUUCCCAAUGUCCAGUCCAAGUCCGAAUCCUCGUGGGCAGAGCCCACCCCCCCUGCCACCACAGUGGACAACGGCACCGCAGCUUGGGGCAAGCCUCCUAGUGGUUGCGGGAGUUGGGGAGAGAGUGGGCACGAAGCCCCAGGGCCCUACAACAGGGGAGGUGCACCCCAAGGAUCACUCCCCUGCAAGUCAGCCCCUAAAUCUAUGCAAGACAGCUGGGGAGGGGGUGGGGAGGACCUGAACCUUUCUGCUGGACAGUGGGAGCAUGAUGAUGGUGAGAUGUGGAACAGUACAGCCUCCCAGGAGAGCAACUCUUCCUGCAAUUCCUGGAGUAAUCCUCCCAAGAAGGGGCCACAGAAGGGAAAGGUGCCCAGCAAGCAGGAUGAUGCCUGGAUGAUGAACCGCCUGAUCAAACAGCUCACAGACAUGGGCUUCCCGAGAGACCCGGCGGAGGAGGCUCUGAAGAGCAACAAUAUGAACCUGGAUCAGGCAAUGAGUGCAUUGUUGGAAAAGAAAACAGAACUCGACAAGCGGGGGAUGGGAGCCUCUGACUACAACAACGGCCUGAUCAACAAAACACUGGGUUGCCGACCCUCAGCCAUCUCCAAAGAGUCCUCAUCAGAUCGUGCCCCCUUCCUCGAAAAGGACGGUGGCCUGGCAGAAGAUGCCCCAACCUCACCAUUUAUGCCUUCUCCCAGCCUGAAGCUCGCACUGUCCAGCAACGCCCUCCCCAGCCAUGUCCUGGGGGGGGUCUCCUCGGGGCUGGCCAUGCAAAACUUGAACAACAGACAGAUGCAGAGCGGAAUGUUUGUCAGUAGCGGAGCAGCACAAACCCGGGCCAUGCAGCCACCGCCACCACAGCCUCCGCCCACUCAGCCAUCAGUGCCGCCUCUCAACUCCUCCCAGCCUAAUCUCCGUGCUCAAGUGCCUCAGUUUCUCUCCCCUCAGGUUCAAGCACAACUCUUGCAGUUUGCAGCAAAAAACAUUGGUCUGAAUCCUGCACUUUUAACCUCACCAAUAAACCCUCAACAAAUGACUCUGUUGUACCAACUACAGCAACUGCAAAUGGCCUACCAGCGUUUACAAAUCCAGCAGCAGAUGAUGCAGGCGCAGCGCAAUGUCUCCAGUUCCCUCAGACAACAAGAGCAGCAAGUUGCACGUACAAUCAAUAACAUGCAGCAGCAAAUCCAACAACAUCAGCGUCAGCUGGCUCAGGCCCUGCUCAUGAAACAGCAGCCGACUCCUCACUCUGGCCUGCACCCUGGCACCGGUAAAUCAACCCUGGACUCUUUUCCACCCCACCCCCAGGCGACAGGCCUCUCCGACCUGCAGACCAAAGAGCCGCAGUCUUCUCCCAACUCCUACGCGCCCUACCAACUCUCUGGACUGAAUACCAAUAUGAAUGUAAACUGCAUGGAGGUGGGCGGCACGACUUUGAAGGACUCAGCUCAGCCUCAGUCCCGCCUGUCCCAGUGGACACACGCCAACUCCAUGGAGAAUCUCGCGGGAAGCCCCGCUCACCUGGAGACCAACCUCAACAAGCACGGACCCAUCCCUGGACCCAACCUGGGCCACCCUGGGAAGCCUCCAAUGGAUGAUGCCUACAGCCCGUACAAUUUGAUGCCCAGCUCUGAAUCACCUGCCAGCCCUCUGGUCCCCCCAGACAGUUGGGGGCAGGGAAAAAAUAGCAGUGACAAGAUCUCCAAUGGCACCAAUAUCAACUGGCCACCAGAGUUCUGCCCAGGAGUGCCCUGGAAAGGGUUACAAAAUAUUGACCCAGAGACAGACCCCAACAUGACCCCAGGAAGCGUUAUCAGUGGUCCCACCAUAAACACAAAUAUCCAGGAUGUGAACCGUUUCUUGCUCAGAGACCGAAAUGGAGGCUCCUCCCCAACGUCAUCUCAGAACGAGGCUCCGCCUCCCACCGGUGACUGGCCAGUCAGUGUCUACAGUAGUUCGUUCAAUUUGUCCUCCCCGGACGAUGAAGCUGCAGGUAAACUGUCUGACAGGAAGUCCACCUGGUCCCCUGGUCCUAAUGCCCACACCCAGGCCUCCCUGUCCCACGAUCUAUGGAAGGUACCUCAAGGUCCCCGCAGCACCACAGCUCCCUCCCGCCCCCCUCCAGGCCUGACCAACACCAAGCCCUCCUCCACCUGGGGCAGCAGCUCACUGGGCCUGGCGCCAGGCUGGGGCAGCUCCUACUCCUCAGGGGGGACCACCUGGAGCACUGACAGCUCCACCAGGACUAGCAGCUGGCUGGUUCUGCGAAAUCUUACCCCCCAGAUUGAUGGCUCCACUCUGCGGACCCUGUGCAUGCAGCACGGACCACUCAUCACAUUCCACCUCAAUCUGACGCAGGGCAAUGCUGUCGUCCGUUACAGCUCCAAGGAGGAGGCCGCCAAAGCCCAGAAGUCCCUGCACAUGUGUGUGCUGGGAAACACCACCAUUCUGGCAGAGUUUGCCGGGGAGGAGGAUGUGAACCGUUUCUUUGCACAAGGUCAGUCCCUUACGCCCACCACCAGCUGGCAGGCCAACCAGGGCACCAAUCAAACACGGCUGGGGGGGGCAGGGACCUCACAUGCCAUAGGCCACUGGAACAGCGGUGGCCUCGGAAGCGGAGCCAAGGCCAGCAGCGACCUGCUGUGGGGUGGAGUCCAGCAGUACUCUAGUCUGUGGGGUCCCCCCAGUGGAGAGGAUGCCAGGGUCAUUGGGAGCCCCACCCCAAUCAACACACUGCUUCCUGGGGACCUGUUGAGUGGAGAGUCCAUGUAGGAUCAUGAAUUUCCCAGAGGUGAUAACCAGAGACUGAAACUAGAGCAAAAACCAAGCAAAUCAUGUGGCGAUAAUCAAGAGUUGAUGGAGCUGUGAACCAGAAGCCUGGGAAAACAUUACUGGCUGCUGACCCUUUCUGUGUGUGUGUGUGUGUGUGUGUGUGUGUGUGUGUGUG